AUGACACCACCCACUGCCCACUACAGCCACAACGACAACGACAUACCUACCACCAACACCACUUUGAUUAAGGCACAGGACCCGAAGAAAAGGAAGGUUGAUUCUCACAUUCAGCAGCUGUAUUGGAGUGUUUGUCCCUUAGGAGGUGUCCUCACUUACACCGAGAAGAACGGCAUCAAUUGUGGAGGUGGGGUCAUUAUCACACUUACUUAGACAUUUUCAUGAUCUUUGGCUCUGGCUAAUACAGAAUCGGAUGUCAAUCCAUACCAUUUUCCAU